AUGUCGAAAUCGAUAAAGAAAAAAAAUCAAAAACGAAUUCUAAUAGGUGCACCCAACAAUGAGAUUUCUUCUUCACGAUCAUCAUCAUCUAUUUUCGUUCAAAAGAUCAUAUUAUACAGUGGAAUGCCAUUAAAGCCAUUAGAACCACACGAAAUACGUGGGAUAUUAAAUGAAAUCCACAUGAAAGAAAGUACUACUACAGCAACUACACAACAACCAACUGAAAACACAAAUAAUAAUGGCAACGAUGGUAAUGAUAACAGCGAUCAAACAACCAUUCCAACAACUGCUGCAACAAGUAAUAUUCUUUCAAGGCAACAACCAAGGUCUGCAGUUCAUUCUACAGUUUCUACAAUGUUAAGUUCUGUUCCUCCAUUGACUAGUGAAGAACCUGCUGUUAUGCAAGUGGUAGUUGAGAAGCUGGAAAAUAUUAAUAGUGACGAGGAAAGUCUAGUAGAACAGGAUGGAACUGGAUUUCCUUGA